AUGGCUUCGCGUUACAGACUGACGAUUGCCUCCAUAUGGAGGCUUGAAAGCGACGGUAUCGACCAAGUGACCAAAUUCUUCAAGGGUUUGCCUCAUGGAUCUGAUGGGUUCUGCAAGUACGAGUCAGCACACGACGCGUUUUCCAUUGAUAACUGCAGUACGUCUUUAUCUGCUUCGGCAGUUGCCGAGUAUUUGGCUGGCUUCAUUGAGAAGGAAAAAGAAAAUGAUUUGCUUGAGUGUCCAAAAGUCACCCGACUCUCUGUGCCAGCCGGUCCUGAGGAAGAAAGUGGAGAGAUGCUCUGUGGGGACGAAGAUCAACUUAUUGAACAGCUCCCACCUCCCGAGGCGCUGAGGCUUCCAGUGGUAGUCAAGUUUUGGCAGGAGGAUGAAGCAGCUAUUGACUGCUUUGUCAAAGCUCCUCGAUCUAUACUUACUGCUAUUACCCAAGCAACUGGAGCACAGGUGGACAUCGAGGCAAGCAACAAGAGAAUCCGAAUCACUAGCAUGGAACAAUGGCAAGCUGACAACGCCAUGGAACGGCUCUCCAACGUCCAUUCAUACUUGGCAAGUUCUCUAAUGAUGGCCCCUCAAGUUGCGAACAUCCUCUAUGUUGGUGAUGCUACGGAGUACAGACUUCGAAUUGUUCCCUACAAGUCUUUGAACGAUGCUGCCACCAGACGUGUCUUAGUUGACGGCCCUGAGUCUAAAUUGAUCAAUCACCUACAUACUAUGUUCGUUACAGUGAUGGAGAUUAUCGAUCCAGAGUCUCGUGAGUUGAGAAUCCCGAAGAAUAUCACCAUUCCGCCACAACUCCCAGAACAGCAACGAGGACAAACCCGUAUCUGGGACGAUUUCAAAUUCCAAGAGCUUGGAGAUGCCUCGCUUCUUCCCAAACUACCCGCUGCCUCAAAAGAAGAUCCAGCUGCGAAAUCCUCCCUGAAAAUGGACUGCGUGCAAGAAGACGAACCAAUUGUUGAUCACCCCUGGUUAUCCUACGAGAAGGCAUCCUUUGUAAACCGAUGGGUUACUGAAGGAGUGGAGGCUGGUGCUGUUGGAACGAACGUCUCCGAGCCAAACAGUACUCUUCCUCCUGAACCUUCUGCUGAAGUUGUGGAAGUACCCAAAUUGCCUUCAGGAUUAAAAAGACGCCAACCUCUACCUCCUGCUAAUAUUCAAGGCGUACCAAAAGUUCAGCAGCCGAUUGUUGAAAAACCACUUCCGAAGCCCAUUACAAAGCAACCUAUCAUUGAGCAGCCAGCCGUCGAGAAAAGAAACAAAAAGCCUGUUGCCGGAACGACUGUUACUGUGAGGCCCACCAAAGAAACCUCACAACAAGCAUCUAUCCCUCCUCCUAGGGACGUCCUACCAGCUUCAUUCAAUACUGGUGCAUAUGGCCAUCCAAGAAAGUCACCUCCACGUCGACCAGGAAACAAAUUUCCACUUAUGUAUACACGACCAAGAGAGCAUGGGAAACCGAUGAAAAAAGUACCAACACUUAUAGAUACAUCCACAUCUGCGACGGAAAUCAUGGCUUCCUCCAUACGAUCAAUGCCAUUUUCUCAAACAUUGAUUCCACUAAAACCUAGAUUAGACUCGUCUGUGGUUGGGCCUUCGGUCGAUGCAUCUCCUGGGACUACCGGAACAAUCGACUCUCUAGAGCAGCCUACUGAAGAAAAGCGAGAUCCUGCAGGAGAUAUUGAGUCAAAUGAAGAAAGACUCCGCAAGCUAAAACUCUCCACUAUGGAAUCCUCUAGUGCUUUUGAACGCCGUGCGCCUAGGAUCAUAGAUGGGGAACAAACUACUAGGGUCUUCCACCGCGUUAUGGGGCAAAAGACACCAGCUCCAGCGGUUACUGCCAAAAGUGAGACAAAAGCCGAGCAAAAGGCGAGAAAACAGGCCGCCUACUUGGACGCAUGGGGUUCUAUCCCGACGCCGCCCCCAUCCAAACCGGCUCAAGCUCCUGAACCCAGCCAGUGGAAAAAGGCAAAACUCACUAUGAAGGAAACUAUUGAUACUAACAAUGUGAAAGACCUUUUUGGCUGUCUUAAGCCUGUCCUCGAUGCUGUUCAAUACUUCACUGGCACGUUGUCGGUGGAAAUUCAACUGGGUCUCAUCCUCACUAACUCGGUUUCCAGUCUCCAUACAGGACGAACACUUGACCUCAAAGCCUGGAAUCCUCUCUUUCGACCACGGCACGGUCUACCAGGCCUCACUACAGUGUUUAACCAAUUCUUGACCACUUCUGGAACAGAUAUCGAUUACUUAUUCGAUCUUGGCGCUGAGGAUGACACUGAUACCCAACAUUAUUUCGAACAGGAUCCCACAACUCGCCAAGUUUGCUAUGAAUUCCACUGCCAAACAAAGGAUAAUGCUGACAUCAUCAUCGUUGUGGACGAGUCUGGAGCUGUGACUAUUAAUCGCCCUGACGUUGUCUUAGGAGCUGCAAAUGUUCAUUUUCCUUUGAAUAUUUGGGACCUUCGAGCCACAGUUAAGGGGUCCCAAGAGUACACUGCGGCACCUGAAAGUGGAAUCCCAGAGACUGUCAAGUGUAUAGUCGAUAACUUAUAUAUUCCACCAAACCGGUCUAGGAUUAUCAUAUUUACUCGUGUCCCAGAGGAUAGUGCACUUCGGAUCACCAAGAUUCUGAUGAAACGAACCACUCGCCACAAGUACGUUGGCAAGUAUGUACUUGACAACCACUCGGAGUCAUCUAGUUCCAAUAGUGAGCAGCCAGUGUUCCUUCAGAUAACUGAAGUCCAGAGAUUGAUCUCUGGCAACAACCCAGCUGAUAAAAAUGCUAUCCGUGUACGCUCCAUCAGCCCUGAGGCCAUGGCUGAAGGCUCUCGACUAUGGUAUGAGGCAUCUAUUGUCAGUCCUGCCAUUGAAGAAGUCUUCAAAGCAAACAAGAACCUUACCGUUGGAGAACGUGUCGACUCAUGGCGCUCUGACGACUUACUUGGUAUUGAAUCACACCUCGGGGGAAACAUUACUGAGACUGACCGGCCAGAAGAAUUCUUGACAAAAGCAGAGCGAACCAUCGGCUCCUCUGGAAUCGGUAGCCUAUUUCGCGUUGCAAGAAAGGUUGUGGAGAAGGUUGAUGUAGUUGGUUGGGCUAAUUAUACACCUGCCAAUUUCAUCCAAGAUAAAUACCCAUCUCCACUAGCUUCUGCUGGGGUUGGCCCGUUUGUUUUCUCCCAGACAGAGGGUGGUAAAGACAGAUCUGAUUACACUACCAAGAGCGUUACCCCAACCCAGGAUGACCUGAUCCCUUAUUGGUAA